AGCGCCUUAGCCCGCUCCAGUUUCAAUGCGCGUUGUUGUUUGGCGAAGCUGAGUCCUAUACACCGCCCGCUGCUCUCCUGAUCAUGGCUUCUCCGAGUUCCUUCACCUACUAUUGCCCUCCAUCUUCCUCCCCUGUCUGGUCAGAGCCACUGUACAGUCUGAGGCCCGAGCACGCGCGGGAGCGGUUGCAGGACGACUCGGUGGAAACAGUCACGUCCAUAGAACAGGCCAAAGUAGAAGAAAAGAUACAAGAGGUCUUCAGUUCUUACAAGUUCAACCACCUGAUACCAAGGCUUAUUUUGCAGAGGGAGAAGCACUUCCAUUAUCUGAAAAGAGGCCUUCGACAGCUGACAGAUGCCUAUGAGUGUCUGGAUGCCAGCCGCCCAUGGCUCUGCUAUUGGAUUCUGCACAGCUUGGAGCUUCUAGAUGAACCCAUCCCCCAGAUGGUGGCGACAGAUGUGUGUCAGUUCCUGGAGCUGUGUCAAAGCCCAGAUGGCGGCUUUGGAGGGGGCCCUGGCCAGUACCCACACCUCGCACCCACGUAUGCAGCAGUCAACGCACUGUGCAUCAUUGGCACUGAGGAGGCCUAUGACGUCAUCAACAGAGAGAAGCUGCUUGAGUACUUGUACUCGCUGAAGCAACCCGAUGGCUCUUUUCUCAUGCACGUUGGAGGUGAGGUGGACGUGAGAAGUGCAUACUGUGCCGCCUCGGUAGCUUCUCUGACCAACAUCAUCACGCCAGACCUCUUUGAGGGCACUGCUGAAUGGAUAGCAAGGUGUCAGAAUUGGGAAGGUGGAAUUGGUGGGGUGCCUGGGAUGGAAGCCCACGGCGGCUACACUUUCUGUGGCCUGGCUGCACUGGUCAUCCUCAAGAAGGAACGUUCCUUGAACUUGAAGAGCUUGUUACAAUGGGUGACAAGCCGGCAGAUGCGGUUCGAGGGCGGAUUUCAGGGCCGCUGCAACAAGCUGGUGGACGGCUGCUACUCCUUCUGGCAGGCAGGGCUCCUCCCCCUGCUCCACCGCGCGCUGCACGCUCAAGGUGACCCUGCCCUCAGCAUGAGCCACUGGAUGUUUCAUCAGCAGGCCCUGCAGGAGUACAUUCUUAUGUGCUGUCAGUGCCCCGCCGGGGGGCUGCUGGAUAAACCUGGCAAGUCUCGGGACUUCUACCACACCUGCUACUGCCUGAGUGGCCUGUCCAUAGCCCAGCACUUUGGCAGUGGAGCCAUGUUGCACGAUGUGGUCCUCGGUGUGCCCGAAAACGCUCUGCAGCCCACUCACCCUGUGUACAAUAUUGGACCAGAUAAGGUGAUCCAGGCCACCAUGCACUUUCUGCAGAAGCCGGUCCCAGGCUUCGAGGAGCAUGAGGAUGAGGCAACAGCAGAGCCUGCCACCAACUAGAGGACACGGGGUCCCGCGGCUCUUUUACCCACCUCCCCAGUCAGCCCAAGGUUUAUACGUUUUGAUACAUACUGCAUUCUGUGCGGCACAAGCCUUGGCCACCAUGGAGCUAUGGUUCUUUGUCUUUUCUUGUCAAAAAAAACAAAACCAAUGGCUCUGAGUUUGGAGAACACAGUGGCAUGGUUUUUUAAAAAUUCUUUCCACUCCUGUCAAACCAAAAAUCUGUCAGUCCAUGUGGCACCUAAGCCCAGCUCUGGCCUGGCCAGGGUGGUUGGGGAAUGGUGCAUGCUGGGAAGAAGCAGCCCCUCCCCACCAGCUCUCCAGCCCGGACAGUCACAUUGAAUGAAUCAUGUCUCUGAGUAUUACAGCUCCCAGAGUCACUGCUGCGAUUCCCACUUGCAUGGCACCAUUAAGUUGCCAGGAAGGUGC